AUGCCGCGUGAAGUUUGCGAUUACUAUCAAGUCAGGGAAACCAUCGGAUCGGGUGGCUUUGCACAGGUCAAGAUCGCUAAACAUCGCUUAUCUGGUGAAACUGUUGCAAUCAAAGUAAUGAAUAAAGUUGCUCUAGGGGAGGAUUUGCCAAGAGUUCAACGAGAAAUAAAUGCUUUACGUUCAUUAAGACAUCAACAUAUAAGUCAAAUGUAUCAAGUGAUUGAUACACCUGAUGACAUUUAUAUCGUUAUGGAGUAUGUACCAGGUGGUGAAGUAUUCGAUUACAUCGUAACGAAAGACAGACUUCUGGAAGAUGAAGCUAGAAAAUUUUUUCGUCAAGUCAUUUCUGCUAUCGCAUAUGUCCACAACGAAGGCUUUGCACAUCGCGAUUUAAAACCGGAAAACUUAUUAUUGGAUCGCUACCAGAAUAUUAAGCUGAUUGAUUUCGGGUUGGUAGCCAAGCCUCAGAGCUUGCAAGAUAAUCUAUAUACAUGCUGUGGAUCUCCUGCAUAUGCUGCCCCUGAAUUAAUCGCAGGCAAACCCUAUUUGGGAUCCAAAGCUGAUAUAUGGAGCAUGGGUAUUUUGUUGUAUGCUCUAUUAUGUGGUUACUUGCCAUUCGACGACGACAAUACAGUGAAGUUAUACAAGCAAAUUUUGAAAGGCGAAUAUGAAACACCUCGGUGGCUUUCGCAUGGAAGCAUCAAGAUUUUAGAUAGCAUGUUGCAGACCGACCCUAAUCAACGUAUUACAGUAAAGCAUUUGCUGAGUCAUCCUUGGGUUAUGACGAACUAUGGUGUCCCAGUCGAAUGGAGAUCUAAAUAUAAGCCUGGAUCAAUCGAUAGUGAGGUAAUUGAUGUUAUGUCUCAAUAUUAUGGCAUUGGAACUACGGAAAUGAGUAAUGAAAUAGCCGAGUGGAAGUUUGAUCACGUUUGCGCAACCUACUACAUACUAUGUAACAUGAAGUACCAAGGCAAGAGACCGAGGCUUUUACAACCUUUCGUUAGGGGUGUCCUGAAGGAAAAGAAUACUGCAAAUAAGGAGAAUAUUCCAACUCGUGCAAACAAGGAGAAUAUUCAAACUCGUCCAGCUCCAAGAACCCCUAAAAGGAUUGCUGAUGCGUGGGACGAAUUGGUUAUUAAUCAGACCCCUGAAAGGCCCAGAGCUUGGACUGAAGACAAUUGUAACUCUCCAAGUACGCUGUGUGGCAACGCCUAUUUUUUGCAUGCAGAUAAAUCUGUCGCUCCUCUUACACCUUUAUCAGAAAGUAAAAGAUGGCAAUCCUGCGACGCGGACUUAUACAAAUCUACACAAGAAAAAUACCGAACCCCUAGCAAAACUCCUAAGAGACACAUUUUUGCAGCUUUUGGAGAUAACGUUGGUGAUAUUGCAACUCGCUUCAAGCAAGCAUUUACACCUCAUAAAACCCCGCAAAUGACAAAACCCCGAAAAGUCAAGGAACUAUAUAACGUUUCGGCAACCUCCGGUGAAAAUGCAGAUUAUGUCGUUGAUGAGUUAAAGAAUCGUUUGGUAGAACGGGGUAUUUCAUAUAAAGCGAAGACUGAUUACGUCUUGAGAUGCAAGAUCUUGGAUUCUCGAUUGAAGGCGUUAUUAUCGUUUGAACUCGAAGUUUGUGAAUUGCCUUCACUUAAUAUCUAUGGUAUCAGACAUAAGAGGUUGAAAGGAGAUAGUUGGGCAUACAAGAAAGUUUGUGAGGAUAUUUUAACUGCUGCCAAGUUGUAG